AUGUGGCAAAAUAGGGAAUUUAGUGGCGACUUUCUCGAAGCUGAUGACCGCGACGUAGAGGAAGAUAACUACGAGUUUAUUGACGACAUUCUCGACGAACAAGCUGAUGACCGCGACGAAGAGGAAGGUGACGACUGCGAUUUUAGUGGCGACUUUCUCGAAGAACAAGCUGAUGACUGCGACGAAGAGGAAGAUGAUUGCGAAUUUAGUGGUGACUUUCCCGAUGAUAGCGACGACUCGACAACCGAUGACGUAGACGACGAUGACGUGAGGCAGUUCUUCGAGAAGUCGAUGCGCGUGCACUCGGCGCGAGCUCGCAUGGAGACAGAUGACCAGGUGGCUCAGCUCGAGGCGACGCGCGCGCUAUUAUCCUACGCGGCCUAA